UACUUACACUAAAUUUAGUGAUCAUUUAUAUAACAGACCUUUAUGUGGUCGGAAACUUAUGCCUUAAAACGUUCCACCUGUGUUAUCGAAAAUACAAAAUAAGAGCCGAAAACCUUUUGGAUAGCUGUACAUUUUAGAAAACUUUGGAGAAUUCAGCUUAUCUGUUCUCAAAAUUUUUCUGAAACAAAUCAGACAAGAAAAGCUGAAAUGUGUUUAUCCUGAGGCACAAAAGAAAGAAUGUAAAUGAUCUUCUUACAACAAAUCAGUUACUGACCAAUAAGAAAUAGACUUAAGACGUGGCCAUGGUCCAAGGGGCGUGGAGCCAGCACAGACCCCUCGCUUGCCUUAUAAAUAUCCUUCAUGUACCAAGGUUUCUUGCACUCCUGACUUCAAGGAACAGAAGUGUAAGAACCUGCUUCACACUCCCUAAAAACCACUCAUUGUCACCAUGAGCUCCAGUUUCAGUCAAGCCAGCUUCUCCAGAGCGAGCGGCGGUGUCUCCUCCAGGCUGUCUGAUGGGAUCUACAGAGCAGCCAGUGUCCAUGGUGGUGGAUUUGGAGGAUCUAGAAUCUCCACUGCAUCUAGCUUUGGAGGUGGUCUAGGCUCUGGAUUUGGUGGUGGAGCAGGCUAUGGCUCUGGAUUUGGUGGUGGAGCAGGUUUUGGUGGUGGAGCAGGCUUUGGUGGUGGAGCAGGCUUUGGCUCUGGAUUUGGUGGUGGAGCAGGCUUUGGUGCUGGUUCUGGCUCAUCCUUCAGUGGUGGUGGAGGUGGAGAUGGAUUGUUUUCUGGAAAUGAGAAGUAUACCAUGCAGAACUUGAAUGACCGUCUUUCCAACUACCUGGAUAAAGUACGAUCCUUGGAAGCGGCAAAUAAUGAUUUGGAGGCCAAGAUCCGAGACUGGUAUUCAAAGCAGGGGUCUGUGACAGUUCGUGAGCAGAGCUUUGCUGGCUUCUACACUGCAAUUGAUGAAAUUCGUGACAAGAUCUUCGUGGCAACGAUCAACAACUCAAAAGUGAUUUUGGAGAUCGAUAACGCCAGAUUGGCUGCUGAUGACUUCAGGCUUAAGUUUGAGAACGAACUUUCCCUGCGCCAGAGCGUGGAGAAUGAUAUCAAUGGACUUAAGCGCGUCUUGGAUGAGCUUACAAUGACAAGAUCAGACCUGGAGCUCCAGAUUGAAGGCCUUAAGGAGGAACUGAUUUACCUGAAGAAGAACCACGAGGAGGAAAUUAGCGAGAGCAAACAGCAAGCCGCUGGAACCGUCAAUGUGGAGUUGGAUGCCGCUCCUGGAAUUGACCUCCUCAAGACUGUCAAUGACCUCAGGGAACAGUAUGAACAUAUUGCAGAGAAGAACAGAAGGGAGGCUGAAGCAUUGUUCCUCAGUCAGGUUGAAAGCUUGCAGAAUGAGGUUGUCACCAGCACACAGCAAGUACAUUCCAACAAAAGCGAGAGCACAGAAAUAAGGCGCAGUCAACAAGCGCUUGAAAUGGAACUUCAAUCUCUGCUCAGCGCCAGAGCCAGCAUGGAAUCUUCCUUGGCAGAGACAGAAGGUCGCUAUUCUGCGCAGCUUUUCCAGAUCCAGUCUAUUAUUAGCGGCGGGGAAGCGCAGCUCGCCGAUCUCCGCUCGGAUCUAGAACGCCAAAACCAGGAGUACAAAGCCCUGCUGGACAUCAAGAGCAGACUGGAGCAGGAGAUCGCCACUUACCAUCAGCUCCUGGAGGGAGAGGGCGGACAAAUCGCCAGUGGAGAGUUUAAAUCAGGAGGAUCCAGUUCAAAAACGACAACAACCACCACUACAAAGGUGCAGGCCAUCAUUAAAGAGGAGGUUGGCGGGAAGGUCAUCUCCUCCACCACCACGUCACUCAGCAGAUAUUAAGACCUUGUCGGCAAAGCCAAGACCAGUUCUACAUCACCCGUCAUCUCCUGACACCAUCAUCUCCAUCACUGACAUUGUCCUAUGAAACUAAGAAAACUAAAGAAAACUUAAUAUGUUGAUGUUUUUUAAAAGAACACCGAGAAAAAUCAAUUUGUCAACAAAAAGGCAAAUUUAGAGGAAUAACAGGACAGGCACUUCUAUGAUGUAUGAACUGAUCCGUGAUCAAAUCUUGUUAUGACAAUAAAAGGUCUCCAUGGGUUGUGCCAUAACUA